GUAGAAAAAACAGUAGAACACCUAUCGAGGAACUACUAUAUCCUAAGCAUAUAUAGAAAGGUUAGAAAAUAUAUUAAACAAUAUAACAUAUAUCAGCGAAACAAACCAUUACAAUACACCCUAUAUAAAAUAAUCAACGCCAAAACUAUAGUAUUUCUAUUGUUCAGAUAUAUAUUCGCUAAUUAUAGAAUACCUCAGAAGAUAAUAUUAGACAGAGAUAAGCUCUUUAUAAAACAGUACCUAAGGCACUACAUAAAACACUACUACAACCAAGGCUACCAGGAGGGACCUAACUUUAAAAAGAGAAAAAAGGUAUACCUCCUACGUCAAAAUAUCAAAACUAAGCAACUAAGCUCAAAACUCAACUACUUAAAACUAGGACUAUUUAAAAUCAAAGAAAAAAUAGGACUAGUUAAUUAUCACUUAAAGCUACCGGAAAGCAUAAAGAAAAUAUACCUAACGUUCUAUAUUUCGUUACUAGAACCCGUACCAGAAAAUACACUAGAUACUACUAAUAUUAAAAUCAACAAAAUCAGUAAGGAAGAAUAUAAGGUUAAGGAGAUCCUAUAA